AUGUUGACAGUUGAAAAGCAGUGGAUUAAUGUGCAACAGAAGACCUUCACCAAAUGGCUCAAUGACAAGCUGAAGGUGCGGAAGAUCUUCAUCGAUGACCUGGUGGUCGACCUUUCCGACGGUGUCAUCCUUAUCCAUCUACUCGAAAUCCUUGGUGGAGAGUCACUUGGUCGAUAUGCCUCGAAGCCAAAGUUGCGGGUGCAGAAAUUCGAAAAUGUCAACAAGAGUCUCGAUUUCAUCAAGGGAAGGCGGAUCCCGAUGACAAACAUUGGAGCGGAGGAUGUUGUGGAUGGAAAUCGGAAGAUCAUUUUGGGUUUGAUAUGGACACUCAUUCUGCGAUUCACGAUCAGCGACAUCAACGCGGAGGGAAUGACCGCGAAGGCGGGCCUCCUUCUGUGGUGUCAACGAAAGACUGCUUGUUACGAAGGAGUAGAAGUCCGGGAUUUCUCCACCAGCUGGAAUGAUGGUCUGGCCUUCUGUGCCCUUCUGGAUAUUCAUCGUCCGGACUUGAUCGACUUCGAUGCUCUGGACAAGAAGGACCACCGGGGUAACAUGAAACUUGCCUUCGACAUCGCAGCUAACGAAAUAGGCAUUCCUGACUUGCUCGAUGUCGAUGAUGUCUGCGAUCAAGCAAGGCCUGACGAGAAGUCACUGAUGACAUACAUCGCUUAUUGGUUCCAUGCAUUCUCGCAGUUGGAGCGCGUCGAGAACGCCGGACGUCGGGUGGAGAAAUUCAUCAACAAUAUGCAUGGUGCCUGGGAGAUGCAGAAUUCCUACGAGCGGAGAAUGAGGGAACUAUUGCGCGUUAUCAGAGUGCAACGUGAAGCAUGGAAGAACUCCUCCUUUGAAGGUACAUACAAGGAUGCCAAGGAGCAAGCCCACCAGUUCUCCUUGUAUAAAAGAAACCAGAAGCGCCAGUGGGUUGCAGAGAAGUCAGAUCUCGCAGCCCUGCUCGGUAACAUCAAGACGAAACUCAGCACAUACCGAUUGCGCCCUUACCAACCGCCCAAGGAACUAAGUCUUGAGGUUUGCGAUGAGGAGUGGGAGGGCUUGACUCGUGACGAGCACGAACGUAGCCAGCUCAUUAACGAGACCAUUCGGGACAUCAAGAAUGCCCUCCGCCGAUCCUUUGCGGACAAGGCCAAUGAUUUUGCGCUAACGUUGAAGACCCUGUCUUUGGCAAUAUCUGGUCUCGAUGGUGAUGUAGAAGACCAAUUAGCACAUGUCAAGAGACUCAAUGACAACCUUCCUCCCCUCGAUGCCUUCUUAGAUACCAUUGCGGCUCUGGACGAGCAAUGUGCGGAGGCGAAUAUUGAGGAAAAUGACUACACCACUUAUACCUUAGAUGAACUCUCUUACGAGCUGAGCUUGGUCAAGUCUAGCAUCUCCAAAAAGCUGGCUUUCCUGGACAAUCAACUCGUGGCUCGGAACAUGACCAACCUGACACCAAUCCAACUGGAGGAGUUUGAGUCUGUCUUCAGACAUUUCGAUCGCGACGCUUCCAAUACCCUUCAUGAGCUUGAAUUUUCGGCAGCCCUCGCAAGUCUUGGCCUUGUAUAUGAUGAAGAGGAGAUGCAUGACGUUUACGUGGACACAUGUGGACCAGCUCGGCUUGCGCAGAAUGCCGGUGUCAGCUUUGAGCAGUUCAUCCGUUUCAUGGUCAGCGUUACUGAGGAUCAGAACACGGCCGAGCAAGUCUAUCAGAGUUUCCGCGAGGUUGCGGAUGGCAAGCCUUAUGUCACGGAGCUCGACCUUCGACAUUCUCUCAUCCCCGACGAGGUAAUCGAACAUCUAGUCCAGACUAUGCCACCACACAACGGACCGGACCUUCAAGAGGACAGGGAUCUUCCCAAGUAUGACUACAUCAGCUUUAUGGAGAAGAUGAUAGAGCAUAACAACAGCAACAACAAUGACUCUUUGAAUGGUGGGAGUUGA